AUGGUGCAGCAAGCAGCGAAGGAGGUGAUCCCGCUGAUGACGCCGUACAAGAUGGGCCAAUUCCAGCUCUCCCACCGGGGGGUGCUCGCGCCGUUGACGAGGUGCCGCUCCUACGGCAACGUGCCGCAGCCGCACGCCGCCGUGUACUACUCGCAGCGCGCCACCAAGGGCGGCCUGCUCAUCGCGGAGGCUACGGGGGUGUCGGCCACCGCGCAGGGGUACCCGGAGGCUCCCGGCAUCUGGACGCAGGAGCAGGUCGAGGCGUGGAAACCCAUCGUCGACGCCGUCCACCGUAAGGGUGGCAUCUUCUUCGGUCAGAUUUGGCAUGUCGGCAGGGUCUCCACCAAUGCUCCGAUUAUACUAUUGUUUGAUGAGGAGCUGGUUGUCAAGUUGGUUACUGAUUUUCCUUUGAUCCUACUGGAAGAAUUUCAGCCGGACGGGCGGGCGCCUAUCUCGAGUACGGACAAGCAAAUUUCCCCGAGCGCCGAGCCCCAAAUGGUGUAUUCGAAGCCGCGCCAGUUGCGGACUGAGGAGAUCCCUGGGAUUGUUGAUGAUUUCAGCCUGGAGAACCGGUGCCGCUUCGCCGUGGAGGUCAUAGAUGCCAUUGUCCGCGAGGUGGGCGCGCACCGCGUGGGCAUCAGGCUAUCACCCUUUGCUGACUACUUCGAUUGUGUGGAUUCCGAUCCGGUGGCGCUUGGCCACUACAUGAUCCAGCAACUCAACAAGCACAAGGGUUUCCUCUACUGCCACAUGGCAGAUUCUUCUAGGCUCUUGCCGCUCCGGAAGGCGUUUAACGGCACAUUUAUCGCCGCCGGCGGGUACGACAGGGAGGAAGGCAACAAGGCAGUGGCAGAAGACUAUGCUAACCUUGUUGCAUAUGGAAGGCUCUUCUUGGCUAACCCGAACCUGCCUAAGAGGUUUGAGUUGAAUGCGCCACUGAACAAGUACGACUGUUCUACUUUCAACACGCAAGAUCCUGUUGUUGGCUACACAGAUUACCCCUUCCUCGAAGACGGUAGCAAUAAUGAUGAGUCAAGUAUUCAAGCUUAA